AUGGCGCAGAGAGGAGUUCAAUUGUAUCGGGAAAGGUUCUCCUGUUCCAUCUGUUUGGAUCUCCUGAGGGAUCCGGUGACUACAUCCUGUGGACACAGUUACUGCAUGAGCUGUAUUAAAGACCACUGGGAUGAAGAGGACCAGAAGGGAAUCCACAGCUGUCCUCAGUGCAGGAAGGCUUUCAAUCGCAGACCUGACCUCCAGAAAAACACCCUGUUAGCAGAAUUAGUGGAGGACCUGAAGAAGACUGGAUUCCGACAUGCUCCUGCUGACCACUGUUAUGCUGGACCUGGAGAUGUGGCCUGUGAUGUCUGCACUGGGAGGAAGAUGAAAGCUGUCAAGUCCUGUUUGGUUUGCUUGGCCUCAUACUGUGAGUAUCACCUUCAACCUCACUAUGAUGCUCCGCCUUUGAAGAAGCAUAAACUGAUCCCCCCGACGAAGAGGCUCCAGGAGAACCUCUGCAGUCGACAUGACGAGGUGAUGAAGAUCUUCUGUCGUACUGAUCAGCAGUCCAUCUGUUACCUCUGCACUAUGGAUGAACAUAAAGGCCAUGAAACAGUGCCAGCUGCAGCAGAAAGGACUGAGAAGCAGAAGGAGCUCCAGGUGAGGCGACAACAAAUCCAGCAGAGAAUCCAGAACAGAGAGGAAGAUAUGAAGCUGCUUCAACAGGAAGUGGAGGUCAUCAAUGUCUCUGCUAAUAAAACAGUGGAGGACAGUGAGAAGAUCUUCACUGAGCUGAUGCGUCUCCUCCAGAAAAGAAGCUCUGAGGUGAAGCAGCAGAUCAGAUCCCAGCAGGAAACUAAAACGAAGCGACUUAAAGAUCUUCAGGAGAAGCUGGAGCAGGAGAUCACUGAGCUGAAGAGGAAAGAUGCGGAGCUGGAUCAGCUCUCACACACAGAGGAUCACAACCAGUUUCUCCUCAACUACCCCUCACUGCCAGCACUCAGUGAGUCUACACACUCAUCCAGCAUCAACGAUCGUCCUCUGAGACACUUUGAGGACGUGACAGCAGCUGUGUUAGAGCUCAGAGAGAAGCUACAGGACAUCCUGAGAGACAUGUGGACGAAUGUCCCACUGACAGUCCCCCUGCUGGAUGUUCGACUGUCAGAACCAGAACCUAAGACAAGAAAUGACUUCUUGAAAUACUCAAAAAGAAUCACUCUGGACCCAAACACAGCAAACAAACGUCUGUUUUUAUCUGAGGGAAACAAGAAAGUGACUUUGGUGAAGGAAAGCCAGUGUUAUUUUGGUCAUCCAGACAGAUUCACUUAUUUUCAGGUCCUGAGCAGAGAGAGUCUUACUGGGCGCUGUUACUGGGAGGUGGAGUGGAGCGGAAAAAGAGUUGAUGUAGCAGUUUCAUACAAGAGCAUCAGCAGGUCAGGACAAGAAUGUGAGUUUCGAAGCAAUGACAAAUGUUGGUCAUUAUAUUGUUGCACAGGCUGGUGCACAUGUUGGCACAACAGUGUUGGAAAUCUAACAUUAGUUCCGGUUUCGUCCAGAGUAGGAGUGUACUUGGAUCACAGAGCUGGUGUUCUGUCUUUCUACCGCGUCUCUGAAACCAUGACUCUCCUCCACAGAGUCCAGACCUGUUUCACUCAGCCGCUGCAUGCUGGGGUUGGGUUUUACGAUAAUGGAGACUCUGUUACUUUUAUUGAACUGUAACAACAAACAGUUCAAUAAGCUGUUGAAUGUUGAGGUCAGUGAUUGGAGAUCCAACUGGUUACUAUGUUUUUCUAAGUCACCGUCAUUGUCGCUUGUCCCUCACUGUUUGGUAAUUUCUUCUCUGCUCAGAGAUCAGCUGUCUUUAGGGAGUUAGGUUUUGUUCUUCAGUUGUUUUGUUGAUGUUGGGUUUAGUUUGAGUGCUGCCCCCUCCUGUUUCUUACCACUGCUCAGGAGGGUUUUAUUCACCUGAACUGUUUAAAUUGAUUCUGACAAAAUCCUUUUUUGGAAAUAACAACAAAAAGACAUUGCUUCUAUGACCAUUAUGGUAAUUUGAGAACAGAGUUUGUAAGAAUUAAAUUCUGUGUAUUUAUUGUAUUUUUCAUUAAUUCACUGUAUAAGGGUUCUUUGAUUUUAAUAUAAUUACUUAUUUUGCCAUACAGAAAAAACCAGCGCAGGUUGUUUGUCGCUGUUUAGGCAUUUAUGCUGCUAAAAUGGCCAUACUAGAACAAGCAAACAUUCUUACAUGUCCAUUACAGGUAUUUUUGUCUUCCCAAGUCAUUCCAGGAGAUUUGUGGUUGUUCAAAUGUGUUUUUUUUUAUCACUUGUUAAAUAUGGAACAAAAUUCAAUACUAUGUACAGUAGAAGGAAGCAGCAAUUAUGUCAAUACUUUACAACUGAAAACUGAUUUCUUUCACAACAGACACAGCUUCCAUGGUAAACAUUGCCACAAUUCCAAAAUGGCAACUUUUUAUCGCCUGAUAAUUUUAUUAAAAAAUGCACUAAAAUGUAAUUUAACAUUCCUAAAGGCAAUUUCUCCUGCUAUGCUUUGGCUAAUUAAAGAAAUGCAGCUGUUACUCCAAAAGAUCCACCGUUCAUUAUCAAUGACAUUGACUUUAUACCAAUAAAUCAAUAGCUUAAUUUAAAUUUUAAAAUUUCUCUUGCAUUUGUAACAUUUUCUGUUUUGCUUUUUUCACACUCUUAGUUUGUGAUUAUUCUCUUUUUUACUUUCUCUUUUUUUCUGCUCAGUUUAUCAUGCCAAAUGUACCUUUUAUGUUACA